CUUGUGCGUUAUAACGAGCUUCUCUCCUUCGACCAGCGCUUCGGGAUCUCAAAGGGCCAUCCUCGUUGUCUCCGAAACGCUCUCUCUCGCCUCCUCUUCCAAUUCUCGAACUCCAUUUAUACGAUCAGCGACAAAUCUCUGCGUCUGAUAUCCGAACAGAGAGAUUUUCCGGGAGAAGAGUGAGAUGUCGACUCUCUAUUCUCCAAAUUGCUCUUCCUCAGUCAGUUAUUCCCGUCUUGCCAUAUCUUCUUCUUCUUCUUCAUCUUCAUCAUCUGGGUAUCAACAACGAAUUACAGUUUCUUCACUCUCUGAACGAUUUCAUAACAAGAAUGUCUCUCUUCAGUAUCCGAGAAAUCAACGCCGCAACGCCGUUCGCAUGCAAGGAGGCGAAGUGGAUGUAACUGCAUCAUUGCCUGCUAAUGAUACUCUCGUGACGAGAUUCAAAGAUGAAUUGUUGAAAAUAAAAUCUUCAGAGGAAUGUAAUGAUGCUGCAAGUUCUGAUUUCAAAGAGGAGUCCACUGUCAGCAUUACUGUGGUUGGGGCCUCUGGUGACCUUGCGAAGAAGAAGAUAUUUCCUGCUCUUUUUGCACUUUAUUAUGAGGAUUGCCUCCCCAAGCAUUUUACCGUGUUUGGUUAUGCUCGGAGUAAAAUGACAGAUGCAGAAUUGAGGGACAUGGUUAGCAAGACCCUUACUUGCAGAAUAGAUAAAAGGGAGAACUGUAGCGAAAAGAUGGAUCAGUUCCUAAAAAGGUGCUUCUACCAUUCUGGCCAGUAUGAUUCAGAGGAAAAUUUUGCAGCGUUAGACAAGAAGCUCAAGGAACAUGAGGGUGGUAGGGUUUCAAAUCGCCUUUACUAUUUGUCUAUUCCACCCAAUAUCUUUAUUGAUGCGGUAAGAUGUGCAAGCUCAUCGGCUUCUUCUACCAAUGGCUGGACAAGGGUUAUAGUGGAAAAACCCUUUGGCAGGGAUUCUGAAUCUUCCGCUGCUUUGACCAGUGGAUUGAAGCAAUACUUAGAGGAAGAUCAAAUUUUUAGGAUUGACCACUAUUUGGGAAAGGAACUAGUUGAAAACCUAUCUGUACUUCGCUUCUCCAAUCUCAUUUUUGAACCUCUAUGGUCAAGGCAGUACAUAAGAAAUAUACAGUUGAUUUUCUCUGAAGAUUUUGGCACUGAAGGACGAGGAGGGUAUUUUGACCAUUACGGUAUUAUAAGGGACAUUAUGCAGAACCAUCUGCUUCAAAUACUAGCCCUUUUUGCCAUGGAGACUCCUGUCAGCUUGGAUGCAGAAGACAUUAGGAAUGAAAAGGUUAAAGUUCUUCGCUCAAUGAAGCCUUUGUUACCCGACAAUGUGGUGAUAGGGCAGUAUAAGAGCCAUACCAAAGGAGGUAUCAAGUACCCAGGCUACACAGAUGAUAAAACAGUGCCUAAAGACAGUCUUACUCCGACAUUUGCAGCAGCUGCACUUUUUAUUGAUAAUGCAAGAUGGGAUGGUGUGCCAUUUCUUCUGAAAGCUGGGAAGGCAUUACAUACUAAGAGAGCUGAGAUCAGGGUGCAAUUCAGGCAUGUUCCCGGUAAUUUAUACAAUAAGAGUUUUGGAACAGAUCUUGAUCAAGCAACAAAUGAGCUUGUUAUUCGGGUUCAACCUGAUGAAGCUAUUUAUUUGAAGAUCAAUAAUAAGGUCCCUGGCUUGGGCAUGAGGUUGGAUAACAGUCAUCUAGAUCUCCACUAUGCAGCCAGGUAUUCUAAAGAGAUUCCAGAUGCAUAUGAAAGGCUUCUGCUUGAUGCUAUUGAAGGGGAGAGGAGGCUAUUCAUCCGGAGUGAUGAGUUGGAUGCGGCAUGGAAGCUUUUCACCCCCGUAUUGAAAGAAUUGGAGGAGAGUAAGAUAAUACCUGAGUACUACCCGUAUGGGAGUCGUGGACCUGUGGGUGCCCACUAUCUUGCAGCUAGAUAUAAUGUACGGUGGGGGGACCUCGGUGCAUAGCACCAAACGUUCUGGUGGUUGAUUUGCUGCUGUAGCUGUUUAGUUUCACGGGAGAGGGAUUCAGAUAGGGAGGGAGGCAUUGCUCAUUUUUAGUAUGUUUAUCACUGGAAUAUCCUUUAGAUAAAAUUUAAAAGGAUCAUUUAUUUGGAUGAGAUGGAAAAGUGUAAAGAAUGAGUAAACAGCUGAAGUUUCUACAUUGAUAGGGAGGUUAGGAACUUUUGUUUAAGGUUUUUUUGGGGGUUAAAUCAAGAGACUCGGGAGGAUAGAGGUUUGUAACUACAAAUAAGUAAUCAGAGCUCUGUAUUACACUUUAUGUUCCUUGUUCAAAAUCAUUUCAGGGAGAGAUCAAGUAUGAAAGGUAAGGGCAGCUGUUUUUGGCCUCUUUUUGCAA